AUGGCGGCGGAGGCAGCGGUGGGCAAUGCGGUUCCUUGCGGGGCCCGGCCCGCCGGGCAGCCCAAGCCCAGGCCGCAACAGCGCACGCUCCUCGCCGCUGGGCCGGCACUCAUACAGAGCGGCGACGAGCUGGUCGCCGCUGUGUGGCCGUACCGGCGGCUGGCGCUGCUGCGGCGCCUCACGCUGCUCCCAUUCGUGGGUGUACUCUACCCGGCCUGGCUGGGUUCCGCAGCUACCGGCUUCUGGGGCUGGGGCAGCAGCUGGGCGCAGGUCCCCGAGGCCGCGCUGCUUGUGCUCGCCACCAUCUGCCUGGCGCACGCGCUCACCGUCCUCUCGGGGCAUUGGUCCGUGCACGCGCACUGCGCGCUCACCUGCACCCCGGAGUACGACGCCCGCAAAGCAACCUUUGUGAAGGUGGUGCCGACUCCCAACAACGGCUCCACCGAACUCGUGGCCCUGCAUCGCGAUGAGGGCGAAGACGGGCAGGAGGUGCUGUCCUUCGAAUUCCAGAAGAUCAAGUAUUCCUAUGAUGCCCUGGAGAAGAAGCGCUUUCUCCCCGUGGCCUUUCCAGUGGGAAACGCUUUCUCAUUCUACCAGAGCAACAGAGGGUUCCAGGAGGACUCGGAGAUUCGUGCUGCCGAGAAGAAGUUUGGGAGCAACAAGGCCGAGAUGGUGGUGCCUGACUUCUUGGAGCUGUUCAAGGAGAGAGCCACGGCGCCCUUCUUUGUGUUCCAGGUGUUCUGUGUGGGGCUCUGGUGUCUGGACGAGUACUGGUACUACAGUGUCUUCACGCUCUCCAUGCUGGUGGCCUUCGAGGCCUCCCUGGUGCAGCAGCAGAUGCGGAACAUGUCAGAGAUCCGGAAGAUGGGCAACAAGCCCCACAUGAUCCAGGUCUACCGAAGCCGGAAGUGGAGGCCCAUUGCCAGCGAUGAGAUUGUUCCCGGGGACAUCGUCUCGAUCGGCCGCUCCCCCCAGGAGAACCUGGUGCCCUGCGAUGUGCUGCUGCUGCGGGGCCGCUGCAUCGUGGACGAGGCCAUGCUCACCGGGGAGUCAGUGCCCCAGAUGAAGGAGCCCAUCGAGGACCUCAGCCCCAGCCGGGUGUUGGACCUUCAGGCCGACGCCCGGCUCCACAUCGUCUUCGGGGGCACCAAAGUCGUGCAGCACAUCCCCCCGCAGAAAGCCGCCGCAGGCCUGAAGCCCGUGGACAACGGGUGUGUGGCCUACGUCCUGAGGACCGGAUUCAACACGUCCCAGGGCAAGCUGCUGCGCACCAUUCUCUUUGGGGUCAAGAGGGUGACGGCGAACAACCUGGAGACCUUCAUCUUCAUCCUCUUCCUCCUGGUCUUUGCCAUUGCAGCAGCCGCCUACGUGUGGAUUGAAGGUACCAAGGACCCCAGCCGGAACCGCUACAAGCUGUUUCUGGAGUGCACGCUGAUCCUCACCUCCGUCGUGCCCCCUGAGCUGCCCAUCGAGCUGUCUCUGGCCGUCAACACCUCUCUCAUCGCCCUGGCCAAGCUCUACAUGUACUGCACGGAGCCCUUCCGGAUCCCCUUCGCCGGCAAGGUGGAGGUGUGCUGCUUCGACAAGACAGGGACCUUGACCAGUGACAGCCUGGUGGUGCGCGGUGUGGCUGGGCUCCGGGACGGGAAGGAGGUGACCCCUGUGUCCAGCAUCCCAAUAGAGACACACCGGGCUCUGGCCUCAUGCCACUCCCUCGUGCAGCUGGACGACGGGACCCUCGUGGGUGACCCCCUGGAGAAAGCCAUGUUGACGGCCGUGGACUGGACACUGACCAGAGAUGAGAAAGUAUUCCCCCGAAGUAUUAAAACUCAGGGGCUGAAAAUUCACCAGCGCUUUCAUUUUGCCAGUGCCCUAAAGCGAAUGUCCGUGCUCGCCUCCUAUGAGAAGCUCGGCUCCACCGAUCUCUGCUACAUCGCGGCCGUGAAGGGGGCCCCCGAAACCCUGCACUCCAUGUUCGCCCAGUGCCCACCUGACUACCACCACAUUCACACGGAGAUUUCCCGGGAAGGAGCCCGAGUUCUGGCGCUGGGGUAUAAGGAGCUGGGGCACCUCACUCACCAGCAGGCCCGGGAGGUCAAGCGGGAGGCCUUGGAGUGCAACCUCAAGUUCGUCGGCUUCAUCGUGGUCUCCUGCCCACUCAAGGCUGAUUCCAAGGCCGUGAUCCGUGAGAUCCAGAAUGCCUCCCAUCGGGUGGUCAUGAUCACAGGUGACAACCCACUCACUGCCUGCCACGUGGCUCGGGAGCUGCAUUUCAUCGAGAAGGCUCAGACGCUGAUCCUGCAGCCUCCUACGGGGAAAGGUGGCCCGUGUGAGUGGCGCUCCAUCGACGGCAGCGUCUCACAGCCCCUGGCCCAGGGCUCCCCCAAGACCCUGGCCCGGGAGCACGCGCUGUGCCUCACGGGCGAUGGCCUGGCCCACCUGCAGGCCGAGGACCCCCAGCUGCUGCUUCACCUCAUCCCCUACGUGCAAGUGUUCGCCCGAGUGGCCCCCAAACAGAAGGAGUUUGUCAUCACCAGCCUGAAGGAGCUGGGCUACGUGACCCUCAUGUGCGGAGACGGCACCAAUGACGUGGGUGCCCUGAAGCACGCCGAUGUGGGUGUGGCCCUCCUGGCCAACGCCCCUGAGAGGGUUGUCGAACGGCGGCGACGGCCCCGGGACAGUCCCGUCCUGAGCAACAGCGGAGUCAGGGCCACCUCCAGGGCUGCCAAGCAGAGGUCAGGGCUCCCAGCCCCCGAGGAACAGCUGGCCUCCCAGCGGGUGAGUCUCCAGAGGAGGAGGGGCACCAGCGCCCCCUUGUGGUCAGGUCUCACCCACCUGCCUGCUUCGCAGGACCGCCUGAGUCAGGUGCUGCGGGACCUAGAGGACGAGAGCACGCCCAUGGUGAAGCUGGGGGAUGCCAGCAUCGCCGCGCCCUUCACCUCCAAGCUCUCUUCCAUCCAGUGCAUUUGCCACGUGAUCAAGCAGGGCCGAUGCACAUUGGUGACCACACUGCAGAUGUUCAAGAUCCUGGCACUCAACGCCCUCAUCCUGGCCUACAGCCAGAGUGUCCUGUACCUGGAGGGCGUCAAGUUCAGUGACUUCCAGGCCACGCUGCAGGGGCUGCUUCUGGCUGGCUGUUUCCUCUUCAUCUCCCGCUCCAAGCCCCUGAAGACACUGUCUCGAGAGCGGCCCCUGCCCAACAUCUUCAACCUGUACACCAUCCUCACUGUCACGCUGCAGUUCUGCGUGCACUUUGUGAGUCUCGUCUACCUGUACAGCGAGGCCCAGGCCCGGAGCCCUGAGAAGCAGGAGCAGUUUGUGGACCUGUACAAAGAAUUUGAGCCGAGCCUGGUCAACAGCACAGUGUACAUCAUGGCUAUGGCCAUGCAGAUGGCCACCUUCGCCAUUAACUACAAGGGCCCGCCCUUCAUGGAGAGUCUGCCUGAGAACAGGCCCCUGGUGUGGAGCCUGGCCGUGUCUCUCCUGGCCAUUGUGGGCCUGCUCCUUGGCUCCUCACCUGAGUUCAACAGCCAGUUUGGGCUCGUGGACAUCCCUGUGGAGUUCAAGCUGGUCAUCGCCCAGGUCCUCCUCCUGGACUUCUGCUUGGCGCUCCUGGCAGACCGCGUCCUGCAGUUCUUCUUGGGGACCCCAAAGCUGAAAGUGCCUUCCUGAGACAGCAGUGCUGGCCCCUGCUGCCACUGGGCAGGAGCCCCACAAGGGCCCCAGGAGGGAGCACUGCCCCCACAAUGAGGCCGACUUGGCCUUGCCCACCAGGACUGAGCUGGGACACCCCCCCCCACCCCCGACCCUGCCCCCCUAUGGCUGGCUGAGGGCCUGGCUGGCGGAACCAGCCCUGGGCUAGCACCUUUGGUAAAUA